AUGGCAGUCCCGAACAGAGCAUCCCGUGCUCUUACGUUCAUGCGCCACUGCCGCUGCCGCCGCUCGCCGCCCUCCCUACACCAACCCCAUACCCAAACCCAACGGCAUGCCUCGACCGAAGCAACACCCUCUCCUCCGUCUCUGUCGCCGUACGCACCCUCGAACUUCACCCGCCCAACGACCGCAGCAGCGCCAGCAGCACCCUCACCCGACCUCCUUGCGGACGACUCCAGUCUCUCCGCCGCCUCGACCCUUCCCACCCCACGACCCGUGUACGCACACCCGAUCUCGCGGCGGCCUCCGCCUCCGCCCCCGACAGAAAUCCCCGGCACGCGCCUGACGUUCACGUCAUGGGCGCUCUCGCUCGUCGGCAUCGCCCCAAAACCAGCCGCGACGUACACGCCCGCACCCUUCCGCGUGACCAACAACCCGUACCGCGCGCGCAAGCGGUGGCCGCCGGAUUUCCGCACCCUCGACCCCAAGCAGCAGUUCCACUUUGAGAAGACGUACCGCCGGCGGGCGGCGCUCAAGUGGGCGCGCCCGCGGUGGAACAAGGGCGUCAAACUCGUGCAGCAGACGUUGAUCACCUUUACGAUUAUCUAUUUUGUCUUUAUCUGCGAGCCCGGGCACGGCAUGGGCACGCCGUUUGAUGGGUUCCGGGUUUGGUUCUUCGACAAGGUGGGCAGGCUGGGACAAUUGCCCGAGUCGACGAGGGAGGAGGCCGAGAAGUUGAGCGAUGAGGCGAGGCAGAAGAUGAGGAGACAGCAGGCGGAUACCACGGCUCGGGCGGCGAACUCACCGGUUGCUGGCUCUUAA